GUUGUGUAUGAGGUGGGAGUUCACGGGAGUGGGUUGAAAGAUGGUGAAGAGGAAGAGAUGUUGGUGUCGGUGUCAGAUUUGGGGAGACCGUCUGGGGUGAAGGUUGAGGUGUAAGUUGUGCUUGGAGUUUUGACUUUUGACUCUACAUGGGACAUCACCGAUACCGAAGAUAAAGACGGGUCUAUCACCAUGAAGAUGAAGACUCCCAACCCUAUCAAAGUCCAAGACGAAAAGCGAAUCGCAAUCCCAAUAGUGAUUUCAUAUCCCAUUGCACCAUCUCAAACACGAAAGGGCGAAUUCAAACAUCCAUACUUCACCUUUACUCAAGGAGAGAGCUUCCUCCAGUGGCAGAUUCACCCUGCCCAGCAUGGACGACUGCGGUAUACGCUGGUUAAAAUUCCAUCGCAGGGUCCGCUAGGCCAAGCGGCGGACGACGCUGCUACGAACCCCGAUACACUAGAGACCCUCGCCAUAUAUCAACAUAUCGGGGUGGGCGCUCCCUCUUUGUCGUUGUCGUAUAGCGAAGGUAUUCUCCUUCUCCCGUUGGGUGAGGAUACGGGGAGAGAGACUGAAGCUUUGGUGGUGGGGAGUGCUCUGGGGAUGCUUUGGCAGCUACGUGAGCUGCACGGGGGAGGAAAGCGUAAGAAGGACGGAGGGAAGAAAUUCGGUUCGCUUAAGAGCUUCCUAGGUCGUAAGGUGUAGUAGGGGUGUGUGCUUUGAAUAGUCCACUUUUUAAUAAGUAGAGAUGGUUUCUGUUGAUAUUGUUGAUAUAGGGAAGUAGUAUGCAUGAACCAGUCCUUGAAUCUAUAUUGAACCG